CAAUAUUUAAGAUGCUGCCUUGGUGGGGUAUUCAGACUAAGGAAGGAAAGAGCUCCAUUUCAGAAACUCUAGCUUUAAGAAAGGCUAAGAAAGCACACAGAGGAAGGAGAUCACGGGAAAGGAAAAAACUGCCAGUGUGAGUCAAAGAAAUAAGCUUCCUACUUCUCCAGGUACAGACUCUAAGAGGAACAGGUCUGCACACAAUGCUGAGGACGACCUGGCUAUGCGCUAUCCUUGUAGCUUUUGUCAGCCACCCAGUGUGGCUGCAGAAGCCUCAUAAACGCAAGGCACAGCUCAAAGCAGCCGGCUGCUGUGAGGAGAUGAGGGAGCUCAAAGCCCAGGUGGCCAACCUCAGCAGUCUGCUGGAUGAGCUGAGCAGGAAGCAGGAGAGCGACUGGGUCAGUGUGGUCAUGCAGGUGAUGGAGCUGGAGAGCAGUAGCAAGCACAUGGAGUCUCGGCUCAGCACUGCCGAGAGCAGGUACUCUGAGAUGAACAACCAGAUCGACAUCAUGCAGCUGCAGGCUGCACAGACCGUCACGCAGACCUCGGCAGAUGCCAUCUAUGACUGUUCUUCCCUGUACCAGAAGAACUACCGAAUCUCUGGAGUGUACAAGCUUCCUCCUGACGAGUUCCUGGGGAGCCCUGAGCUAGAGGUGUUCUGUGACAUGGAAACUUCAGGAGGAGGCUGGACCAUCAUACAGAGACGUAAGAGUGGCCUUGUCUCCUUCUACCAAGACUGGAGACAGUAUAAGCAAGGAUUUGGCAGCAUCCGAGGUGACUUCUGGCUGGGGAAUGAACAUAUCCACCGGCUCACCAGGCAGCCAACCCGGCUUCGUGUGGAGCUGGAGGACUGGGAGGGCAAUGCGCGCUACGCAGAGUAUAGCUACUUUGCGUUGGGCAAUGAACUGAACAGCUACCGCCUCUUCCUGGGGAACUACAGUGGCAAUGUGGGGAAGGACGCCCUCCUCUACCAUAACAACACCGUCUUCAGCACCAAGGACAAGGACAACGACAACUGCUUGGACAAGUGUGCACAGCUCCGAAAAGGUGGCUACUGGUACAACUGCUGCACAGACUCCAACCUCAAUGGGGUGUACUACCGCCUCGGCGAGCACCGAAAGCACAUGGAUGGCAUCAGCUGGUAUGGCUGGCAUGGAGCCAACUAUUCCCUCAAACGUGUGGAAAUGAAGAUCCGCCCGGAAGCCUUCAAUCCCUGAGAGAAGGCAGACACUGAGGAGGGAGAGCAGCAUGGGAGUAGGAGGCGGGCACAGGGUAGGAGGGAACCGUUUAUCAUCCAGGAGCACAAUAUAACUUUACCUGUGUGAGCACAUGCACACACAAUAGAACCACACGUGCCAACAGUGCACACUAGCAGAUGGAGCCAGGCAGACCCAGUGGGGCCUGCCACGGUGCCUCACGGGAGGACUGAGUGGGUCCACAGAGCAGCAGCUCAUCUUGCACAUGCCUGACCCGUGGACAAUGGUAACGCUGAGGUCACUUAACCCAUUUUCCCUAACUGAGGCUUAGAUGACACGAGGGAAAAGAACAAAUAAAAGCCUGGUGUGACUCUCAGCGGAGAGGCUGUGAGAAAUGAAAGAAAGCAGGAGAAGGGGCUUCCAAGUCUUAUCCCGCGACACUUCCUUGUGUCUAUAGUAUUUGCUUUGUUUUUCUUUUUGAGACAGGGUCUCUCUACACAGCUCUUUCUGUCCU